AAGCCUUUUGGGCCCUCAUCUGUUCCAUCUACGAUUUUUGAUAUGAAAAAUGAUAACCGUAAUCUUGUAUUAUAGAAACCCCUCCCUCUCCUCUCUCUCUCUCUCUCCUCUAGAAAGCUGGAACCAACCAAUCGCUCUGUAAAAAGACUGAAAGAAACAUCUCACCUUUCUCAACCGAUACCGACUGCACCUCUUCGAUUUCUUUUCUUCUGUUGGUUCGGUGAGGAUGAAAAAAUCCAAUUCAAAAGGAGUUGUGGAGAAUGGGAAGAAUGAGGCGAUCCAUUGGGAGCUUAGACCUGGUGGUAUGCUUGUACAGAAGAGGGAGGAUGGAUUAGGUGCUUCAGGACCUAUGAUCAAGGUCAAGGUCUCUCAUGGUUCUUACCACCACGAGAUCAGUGUCCCUGCUCAGGCCACUUUUGGGGAUCUAAAAAAGGUUCUUGCCAAUGAGACUGGUUUGGAGCCCAAAGAGCAAAGACUGUUAUUCAGAGGGAAGGAAAAAGAAGACGACGAGUGCCUGCACAUGGUUGGUGUGAAAGACAUGUCAAAGGUGGUACUCUUGGAAGACCCAGCAAGCAAGGAAAGGAAGCUUGAGGAAAUGAAAAGGAAUCAGGGAAUAUCAAAAGCCUGUGAAGCUGUUGCAAAAGUCAGAGUGGAGGUGGAUAAGCUCUCAGAAAAGGUGACCGCUUUGGAGUCAUCUGUACACAGUGGCGCCAAGGUCGCAGACAAGGAAUUUGUUGUGUUGACGGAGUUACUAAUUGUGCAAUUGCUAAAGUUGGAUAGCAUUGAGGCUGAAGGAGAAGCAAAAGUGCAAAGGCGAAUUGAAGUUCGGCGUGUUCAGAGCUUUGUAGAGACUCUAGACAUGCUGAAGGCGAGAAAUUCUAACCCUUUCAGCAAUAGCAGCAACGCUGUGUCUGUGACAACAAAAUGGGAAACGUUCGAGUCUGGAGUGGGCAGCUUGAGUGCUCCACCCCCAAAGACAUCUACGAAAAUAACUCAGGACUGGGAACUGUUUGACUGACCUGUUGUUCUUCCUCUUAUACUGGUUUGUACGACUUAUGGUGGAGUAUGACCUUUUCUAAUACUUGGAACAUUUUCCAGACUAAAUGUCACCUCGAUUAUCUUGGUCUAAAUCACUCUCAGUGGUAUUUUCUUUGUUUAUUUUUUAAAUCCUGCUUUGUUCUGAGAUCAAACGAGAGAUAAAAAACUGAAGUUCUAGUUGGAGCAGUAACUGAUAGUUGUACAUAUAUAUUUUUUAAUAACUUUGUUUCUGUUGAGAAGCUUAUCCUCACUUUGGCUUUA